CUCAUUAGGCGCUCACAAAUCUCUGUCUCUUCAUGUGCACUUGAGCUGAGCAGAGACAAAGAAUGAAGCUUCUUGUUGUGGUUGUUGUAAAUUUUGUUGCUUUUGUGCUUGUAGACCAAAACAAGCCAUGCCCUUUUUGUGUUGGAGCCACAGUUGUACCUGACCCACUUGUUUCUUCCAUAACGGCUCCUCUUCCCUCACCAAACUUCUCACCCAUUCCGCCAAUUGCUUCAUCAAUGGCUUCCUUCUCUCCAGGAAUUCAACAAGGAAGUGACGAGAACCAAAUGGAUCCACAUAAGAAGAUGAUCAUUGCCCUCACUGUGACUUGUGCAACACUUGGUGCAGUUUUGUUGUCACUAUUGUGUUUGUGGUUUUAUCACAGGAAGUACAAGUUCCUUAAGAGAAAUGCUCAGAGCUCAGAUGCUGAGAAGGAGCUGGCAUUGUCUCCAUUUUUCGGCAAAUUCAAUUCCAUAAAGAUGGUUGGGAAAAAAGGGUUGGUUACAGUAAUUGAGUAUAAGCUAAUAGAAAAAGGCACUAGCAAUUUUCAGGAGAGUAAUAUCUUGGGCGAGGGUGGAUUUGGAUGCGUUUACCGGGCUCAUUUGGAUGAAAAUUUGAUUGUUGCUGUCAAGAAACUGGACUGUGCAACUCAGGAUGCGGAGAAAGAAUUUGAGAAUGAGGUGGAGUUAUUACAUAAAAUUCAGCAUCCAAAUAUAAUUUCCUUUUUGGGCUGUAGUAUCGAUGGUGACUCAAGGUUCAUUGUUUAUGAAUUGAUGCCUAAUGGUUCUCUGGAAACUCAAUUGCAUGGACCCUCUCAUGGAUCGGCAUUAACAUGGCCUAUGCGAAUGAAAAUUGCUCUGGAUACUGCAAGAGGAUUAGAGUAUCUGCAUGAGUACUGCAACCCUCCAGUGAUCCAUAGAGAUCUGAAAACAUCUAAUAUUCUUUUGGAUGCCAACUUCAAUGCCAAGCUUUCUGAUUUUGGUCUUGCUGUGGCUGAUGGGGCCAGAAAUAAUAAUAACAUCAAGCUUUCUGGCACAUUGGGCUAUGUUGCUCCGGAGUAUCUUUUAGAUGGUAAGUUAACAGACAAGAGUGACGUCUAUGGUUUUGGAGUUGUACUUUUGGAGCUUCUACUAGGAAGAAGGCCUGUAGAAAAACUGGCACCCACUCAAUGCCAAUCCAUAGUCACAUGGGCCAUGCCUCAGCUUACUGACCGAUCAAAGCUUCCACACAUUGUGGAUCCCGUGAUCAAAGAUACAAUGGAUCUGAAGCACUUAUACCAGGUUGCUGCUGUAGCCGUGUUAUGUGUGCAACCAGAACCAAGUUACCGCCCACUAAUAACAGAUGUUUUGCAUUCUCUUGUCCCUCUUGUUCCUGUCGAGCUCGGAGGCACACUUAGAGGUACACAACCUGCACCUCCAGUAAACCCCCAAGAGUCUUCUGAUCACUGAUAAACAACCCAUGUUUGAUGAUACUUCUGCAACACUUUAAAGGUUCGCGCAGCUUAGACAAUCCAUCGGUCCAUAUCACACAUUGAUUUGCUUAAUUAGUUUGCUGAGAAGGUUAUGCUUUCAGUAAUUCAGGUAUAUCAGAGG